AUGUCUAAAGAGGACUGGAAUAAAAGGCAUUGUGUUGUACUGUUGGAUUGUGAUCAUUUUCUAUAUUGUCUUCUCAGAAGAGACAGAAAACCACUGAAACCUCAUCAUAUCGAUGUAAAUUUUGUGAGAAGGAGUGCCAGGAAGACUCAAGCAGAGUUAAAGCAAGAGAAGCAGGGAUGGAUAGAACAGCAGAUACUGGGAAAGGUAGAGGAAGGGAUGGAAGUUGUGGACAUCGAAGGCAAGGGGAGAGGGGUGGUGGCGACCAAGCCGUUCGGACGAGGCGACUUCGUGGUGGAAUAUGCCGGGGACCUGAUCGACAUGAAAACAGCUAAGGGCAAAGAGGCUAAAUAUGCUCAGGACCCGAGCACAGGCUGCUACAUGUACUACUUUAAGUACAAGAACAAUACAUACUGUGUUGACGCCACAGCUGAGUCAGGUCGGCUGGGUCGCCUUAUCAACCACAGUGCCAAACACAAGAACCUGAUCGCCAGGACCAUCUCCGCAGGGGGUCUGCCACGAAUUAUCCUGGUCGCCGCUAGGGACAUCCCGCCUGGAAAGGAGCUGCAAUACGACUACGGAGACCGGAGUAAAGAGUCGCUGGCGUCGCACCCUUGGUUGGCUUGUUAACACGGCCAACACUACCUGGCCAAUACCUAACAAUAAGCAGGGUCACAAUUUAAACUGUGCGUGUGAAAUGUCCUUUGACCUUCACCAUUCAGCUUUGCCCUUAACGUUUGGUCUUGACAAGAACUUGCAAGAUGUUCUUAUCAAGACCAUGCUAUCCAGUUGUGUAUCAGGAGCUGUCAACUUUGACGUAUUACCCACAAUGCAUGACACUGCACAUGCACAAUUUUAACUAUGAAUAGCUUUAGAUACUGAAGAAUUGUAUAAAUAAAUCUACUACAACUAGGGGAUUCUAGUUUGUAUGUAUGUAUGUAUAUAUGUAUG